AUGGCCGAACCCGAAGACCCCGCCGAAGACGACCGAUCCGUUGAACUUUCCACCAUCGUGGCAAUCUUCCCAGAGACAUUGAUUGAACCGGCUGUACCUUUCAGGGCUACUCUUGAACUGCCCGUCGCAUUACCGUCACCUACCCGCGUCUGCUUCCAACAACCGCCAGAUACCAGUCUUCCCACAGUAUUGACACCACCAACUUCCGUCGAUGUAUCUAAGGCCGAUUUAGACCAAGUCGCCGCACGAGAUGUCCACAUUUUGUCACAUCUUCCCCCGCUGAGUUUGGAGAUCGAGUUGCCAGAAGGAUACCCCUCUGAGAGACCUCCACUCGUGACACUCAGCACCAACCCGCCAUGGUUAUCGCCAACGACCCUUGCAAGAUUGACUGACGAUUGUCAACGAUUAUGGCGUGAAUGCGGACAAGAAGUGGUCGUGUAUAGCUAUAUCGACCAUCUUCACCAGUUGGCGGAUACUGCCUUCGGGAUUCAGGAUACCGCGGGCGGGGAAUUGUCUCUAUCGCGAGACUUGAAAGUCGCUCUACUGGACUUCAACAACAAAGCGGAACGGGAGAAAUUUGAGCAGGAAACAUUUGAAUGCGGUGUCUGCCUAGAACCGAAGAAAGGCGCAAAUUGCCAUCGACUCUUACGCUGCUCACAUGUAUUUUGCAUUGCUUGCCUACAAGACUUUUAUAAUACGUGCAUUACCGAGGGUGAUGUCGACAAUGUCAAGUGUAUGGCGCCAGACUGUGACAAGAACGAGACUCCGAGUACGGCUCCAGGGAGUGAAGGCCAAAUUUCGCGACGCAAGAAAAAUGACCGCACAAUUGGACCCAACGAACUUCUUCAGAUUCCCAUUGCUCCGGAAACAGUACAACGAUAUGUAUUGCUAAAGCGCAAGAAGAAGAUCGAGGCUGAUAAGACUACGGUAUAUUGCCCAAGACAAUGGUGUCAGGGUGCGGCACGGUCAAAACGUCACCCAAAACCAACUGAUCCAAUGGCGGACGAUAUGGAUUUUUCCGACGAUGAAGAUGGAUUUGCAUUCGAUCCCCAAGGCGAUGAGUCGCAGUUGCCUCCUGUCGCAGAGCGUGUGGCAAUUUGUGAAGAUUGCAACUAUGCAUUUUGUUCCGUGUGCAAAAAGGGUUGGCAUGGCGAGUUGGUCCGAUGCUUCCCUCGUCGGGUUGCAGAGCAGACCGAGGAGGAGAAGGCUACAGAAGAGUAUUUAAAACUCUACACCUCACCCUGCCCAACCUGCAAUGUGCCUUGCCAGAAGUUGAUGGGUUGCAACCACAUGCGUUGCCGCCAAUGUGAUACACACUUCUGCUACCUCUGCUCCAGUUGGCUCUCUGCAGAUAAUCCAUAUCAGCACUUCAACAAAGAAGAAAAUCGAUGCUAUAAUCGUCUCUGGGAUCUGGAGGGUGGUGAUGGUCUGAACCCAGUGGGGGCUGAGGCCUUACAUCGUAUCCCGGAGGCAUUAGCCAUUUUUGACGACGAAAGCGAUGAUGACCAUAGUAUAAACGAUGAUGAUAAUGACGAUGAUGAACGUCUUGACUGGGACUUUGACUUUAGCGAUGACGAGCCGGAUAUCCGCCAUCGUCCGCCACCACCAGCCCCUGUUCCUCCUCGUGCUGCUGCACGAGGCGCUAAUGAUCAAGGUCGGGCAGCGCGUGCCGCGGCUUUAGAAAGACAAGCCCAGGCACGCGCCAUGGCUGAGGUCCGCAAUCGCCAAGCCGAACGCCCCCAACGUCCCGACCCUGAGCCGUUCGUGGAGUGGCGGGCCGGGCUGCAACGCUUCCUUGCGUUAGUGCAAAACGACCGCGAGGACGAAUGGGACAGCGAUGAGCUGGACGAUGCCGAUUUUUGA